AUGUAUCAAACCGAUUCAAGCUCAUUUAAACUUGGCCUAAAUCCUGUUUUAAAAAGUGCAUAUUUUAUAAGCAAAAACAGUCAAGAUGUUCAAAUUCCUCUUGAUGGUAUUUAUCAAGCCUCUUCCAAAAUCUAUAACCUAAUGAAAAUCAAAAAAUAUUCUACUUCAAAUUGGAAAAAACACGACCUUCACCCGAAAACAACUGAUGAAAAAACAAUUGAUUGGAUAUUUUUAGUCGACUUGUUAAAUUUUAGUUUCUGGUCUGAUUUGGACAAAGCUACUGACACUUCAAAUAACCAAAAAUUUAGUAUAACCUUUAAAAACCAUCAAUAUACGGGUUAUUGGGCAUUGUGCGCGGCAAUCAAUCGUUCAAUCGAAGAAGGAACUCCAAUCACAACCCCGUCAUUAUACGCCUCGGAAAAUGUCUUAUCAGAUCAAGCCAUACAUCACAUAUUUCGUUCAUCAUUACCAAACACUCAAAUACCAUUAUUAAAAGAACGAAUUAGGUGCAUUCGUGAAGCUGGAAAAGUAUUAACUACAAAGUUUGAUGGAAGUUUUAUUAAUUGCAUCAAAGUGUCAAAUAAAUCUUGCUUAAAUCUAUUGAAAAUUAUCAUUGAUAAUUUUCCAUGUUUUAGAGACGAAAUAAUGUUCCUUGGUGAAAGAGUGUGUUUUUAUAAAAGGGCACAGAUAUUAAUCGCAGAUAUUUGGGCAUGUUUUGAAGGCAAGGGGUACGGAGAGUUUAAAGACAUUGAUGAGAUUACAAUGUUUGCAGAUUAUAGAGUUCCUCAGGCGCUACAUUAUUUGAGUGCUAUAAAAUAUUCUGAUAAUUUGAUGAAGACGUUGGAGCGAUGUGAGUUGUUAGAGUAUGGGUCUAGGUUAGAAGUUGAGAUUCGGGGAUGCAGUAUUUGGGCUGUGGAACUUUUGAAAAGAGAGAUUAUGCGGAUGAUUGAGCAAGAGAAUGAGCAAAAUGUUUUACCGGUAGUGAAUGCAAUAAUUUUAGAUUUUUUUAUUUGGGAUUUUGCGAAGGAACAUAUUAAUGAAUUGGAAGUUGAAUUUCAUCGAACGCGUAGUAUUUAUUAUUGA